AUGUUCAGCCUGAAUGGUGCCAGAAGUGAGGGAUAUGUCCAAGAGCUGUUCCAUGAGGAAGCACAGCAGGUAUCUCAAACGCAGAGCAAGCCCUGGUGGAAGAUCCAGCUGUUUGUGUGGGAGCCGGUGCUUUUUGGAACGUGGGAUGGCGUCUUCACCUCCUGCAUGAUCAACAUUUUCGGAGUGGUUCUUUUCCUGAGGACAGGAUGGCUCGUGGGAAACACUGGCAUUGUAAUGGGCAUGUUUCUGGUGUCCUUUGUCAUCCUGGUUGCCCUGGUGACAGUCUUAUCUGGAAUUGGGGUGUGUGAGAAGUGCAGCAUCGGAAGUGGAGGAGUCUACUCCAUGAUUUCUACUGUCCUUGGAGGUCAAGUAGGGGGGACCAUUGGACUCCUUUAUAUUUUUGGCCAGUGUGUUGCAGGUGCCAUGUACAUCACUGGCUUUGCGGAGUCCAUCGCAGAUGUCCUGAGCCUCAGCAACAUCUGGGCGGUGCGUGGGAUCUCCCUGGCUGUCCUGCUGGGCCUGCUGGGGAUCAACCUGGCCGGGGUGAAGUGGAUCAUCAGACUCCAGCUCCUGCUGCUCUUCCUACUGGCCGUCUCGACGCUGGACUUCGUCAUCGGGUCCUUUACACACCUUGAUCCAGAGCACGGCUUUGUCGGCUACUCCGAAGAGCUGAUGUUCAACAACACGCUGCCGGACUACAGCAAGGGGGAGUCCUUCUUCACUGUUUUUGGAGUGUUUUUCCCAGCUGCCACAGGUGUGAUGGCUGGGUUCAAUAUGAGCGGAGAUCUCCAGAAGCCUGCUGCCAACAUCCCCCUGGGGUCUCUGGCUGCUAUUGGCACCUCGUGGUUUCUGUACAUGGUCUUUGUUUUUUUGCUGGGAGCCAUUUGUACUCGUCAGUCACUCCGCUAUGACUUCAUGAUAGCAGAGAAGGUAUCCUUGGUGGGUUUCUUGUUUUUGCUAGGGCUGUACAUCUCGUCCCUGGCCUCCUGCAUGGGAGGGCUGUACGGAGCACCCAGGAUCCUUCAGUGCAUCGCCCAGGAGAACGUGAUCCCCAUGCUCGCCUUCCUUGGACGUGGGAAAGGACCCAACAAGACUCCAGUGGCUGCGAUUUGCUUAACAAGUCUCAUCACCAUGGCUUUCGUCUUCAUUGGGCAAGUGAACGUUCUUGCUCCCAUAGUCACCAUCAACUUCAUGUUAACAUAUAUUGCUGUAGAUUAUUCCUAUUUCUCGGUCUCCUUAAGCUACAAUGUUCAGCAGAAACUUGAUGAGACCCAGAUGGAAAACUCUAGGCCUGCUCACUCUUCCCAGCCUUUAAUUUUCAACAAGCCCUCCAGCCGUGUAGCAGAUGGAGUAAUUCAAAGCAGAUCAAACGGCACCUUGCUGGAAUUCACAAAAGACAUGGACCAGCUUUUUAAACCAUUUCGUAGCGAGCCAGGUACUUGCAAAAAAGGAGCUGGGGAUUUAACCCAAAAGGUCAAACAAAAGAAGGCAAAGAAGCCAGCCAAGCAGACACUACAAGACAGCUUUCUUCUGGAUCUCCCUCAUGAUGCUCCUCUGGCUCAGUACGGCUGGGAUGUGACCACGGAGCCCCACCACAAGAGCCGACAGGACCUGGCUGAGCAGGGCUGUCAGCGUGACACGGGUCCGUGCUUAUCACCCACUGCGGAUGCCCAGCGGACACCCGGGCUGCUGGAGCCAGGGGAGCAGCGCUGCAGCGAGACACCUGUGCUCCCUGGCCGGAGGGGAGAAGAAUUGCCUAUAAAGCAACAAAAUCCAGAGCUGGGAAUUCAGCAAAUACCAGAAUCCUUCUACUCCAAAUUCUGCAACCACUGGAUUUCCUUUGUUGGUGCGAUCGUGUCCCUCAUCAUAAUGUUUGUCAUUCAGUGGAUCUACACCCUUGUCAGCCUGGGCGCAGCGGUUAUUCUGUAUUUCUACAUCGGCCAAGUGAGCCCAGGACUCCCCCUUGGAGCAGCAGCAAAUUUCAGUUUCUUGGGCUGGAUUAAGUCGGUUUUGAUCACCUCGUGCAGGAGAAGGCCAUCUCCCAAGGAGCAGAUCGUGGUGACACCGUCCUUUGCAACAGUUGGCAUGGAGACCACACAGCUCACUGAGGAGAACGCAGACUUUGCCUCACGGGACCGCUAUCACCAGUCCUCGCUUAUCAGCCGAGAGGAGUUUGGGAAUCAAUUCCAGUAA